GUGCUGCUGAUGUCCAGAUGGCGAUUGAAGGUGAAGGCUGGGCUAUCUCUCUCUAACAGCCGCACUUCCUUUGUGCGCUGCCCCGGACAGUGAAUGCACUGUGUGUGGGAAAGCAAGGCAGGCCCGGGCUCCCACAUUCCUCCGGAACACAUGCGCUGCUGGGUCUAUAGUGGGGCUAUUCAUAAAGCUGAAGCUUGUCACUUUUAUAUUCAGAGAAUGCUUAGAUAUGGAAUAAAUACACAGUUUGACCUUCCUGAAAAGUAUUUAACGUGAUUACCGGUACAGUUGUAUUUUACAUGAGUAAUAAUAAUAAAGUAUCUGUUUUGUAAGCAAAAGCAAAAAAGGCACAUUUUUCUGAGUAGGAAACGAUAUAAAGCUCGCAAUUACAAUUAUUGCAAAAAAAAAAAAUGCCUUUGCCUUUGUUUCAAAGCAUGUGAAGGUGAUGGUGCACAUCCCCGUGCAGACUCCAAACAGCACCAGCAGAACAGUCGAGAGCAGGAGCCUUCGGCUGGUCAGGCGCCAGCUUACUGGGUGGGCCCCCCCGUGCUGAAAUGUGAAGGGCGAGCUGUGCCGUGAGCCGCACAAGAUUCAACGGGUGUGGAGCUGACGCGCGGGCUGGGGUUGCUGGGAGACAGGUGUGCAAACUAAGAAAACCAGUGGUGGAAAAAAUGCGCCGAGACCGCAUCAACAACAGCAUCGAGCAGCUCAAGACGAUCCUGGAGAAAGAGUUCCAGAAACACGAGCCCAACAGCAAGCUGGAUAAAGCCGACGUCUUGGAGAUGACCGUGAGCUUUCUGAAGCAGCAGCUGAAGCCUGAGCCGGUAGCCCCGCAGGCGGACUACAACGAGGGCUAUUCCCGGUGUCUACAGGAGACCGUGCACUUCGUGUCCCUCUGCGCGCCUCAGAAAGGGGAGCGGCUGCUGAACCACUUCUACCGAGACAGGAAAGCCGCCACGAGUUCCAGUUUCCCUGCAUCUCCGGUGACUGUUCCCGCUGGCCAGACCUUCACCAAGCCAGUGGUCCCCAGCCCCGAGAGAGCAGUGUGGAGACCUUGGUAGAUCUGCCACUAAACCCGGGGAGGGGGGUGUAAACCCUCCGGUAGUUUGGAAUGUUUAUUUCCGUUUUUAAUAUUGUUUCAAGCUGCCUUCAUGUUGAACGGCGGUUGUAUAAUACAUGUGAGCACAUCGUUUUACAAUAUGUUUAAUAUGUACGCAUUGCGUUUACAGGAUGGUUCUUUCUGUAGUUUGUGACAGCGGUCCUGCACUUAUUAAGGUUUCUUAUACAGGAGAAACGUCAAUGCAAGUGUCUUUGUUUUACCUGCAGAGUAUGAUAGUCGCCUUUUAUAAAGGUAUUGGGUCGAUUAGUUACUGGCCUAUUUUUGAGAUAUUUUCAACAUGUUCCCUUCAGUGAAAGGGAGAAUUGAUGGGUGCAUUUCAAUGUGUCGCUGUUACAUCACCUCGUGUAAUGCUGUAAAUGCAUAUAACUCUACAUUCGUAGGAGAAGCGUUCUCCAGUGUAUUCUUUAUCGCUAUGGGAAGUUUUAAAAACUUUUUUUUUUUUUUUGGUCAUAAAGAAUCUUAGUUGCCUUUUAUAAUGGCACGAUGUCAUUUUGUAUCGUCCUGUUUGUAACAAUCUGUGAUUGGAAACACUAUCGGGUAUAAUAGGAACAUUAACAUUAUAGUUGUUGUUUUACUUUACCGAUCAUGUUUUAAUGAUUAUUCUUGGAUGUAUUUCUGUUGAUGAAAGUGUUAAGCAUACUUUUGUAUGAUGAUAUAAUAC